AUGUCCGCGGGCAACGUAGUCAUCUACUUCGUUCGUCGGGACCUAAGGGUUUCAGACAAUCCUAUUCUACAUCAUCUGGCAUCAUCAUCCAAGCAUGGGUAUACACAUCUUUUGCCAGUAUAUGUUUUUCAUUCACAGCAGGUCGAAAUUUCUGGAUUCAUCAAAGAUGGGUCCAAAUCACCAUAUCCACAGGCCAAGAGUGAAGUGGGGGGCUUCUGGCGGUGCGGUCCUCAUAGAGCUAAGAUGCUUGUAGGGUCUGUGUGGGAUAUGAAGAACUCAUUGGAAAAGUUGGGAAGUGGGCUAGUUGUUCGGGUUGGUCAGUACGACGAUGUCUUGAAGACUAUUCUGAGCAGUCUGAAAGAGAAAAACCAUAAGGUCAAGGCCGUGUGGAUGACAUCGGACGAAGGGGUUGAAGAGAGACGGGACGAGAAGAAACUCGCUGUCAUAUGCGCUGAUUCUAACAUCGAAUUCCGUGCUUGGGCCGACGAGAAGUACUUCAUUGAUGACCGCGAUGUGAAACUUAACAGUCCUAAAGACCUUCCAGAUGUCUUCACAACUUAUCGAAAGAUGAUGGAACCGUUGCGGGAGAGACCGAGAUGCGCACUGCCGAAACCCUCAAAGGCCGACCUACCAGAAUUGCCGCCUAUAUCAGACAUUCCGCCACAAGCAGGACCCUUUGAAAUUCCGUCAACGUACGAGGAACUAGAGGAAUGUAUGCUUGCUCCGAUCCGAGAAAUAAUACCUAAUGCACCACCGUUCCCGGAGAAUGCCACGUCGGCGCAUCCCCUGGUGGGAGGCGAGACGGAGGCACUAGCCCGGCUUGAUGACAUUAUCAAGAAUGGAACAGUGUUUCACUACAAGAGCUCCCGCAAUGGUUUGAUCGGAAAAGACUUCAGCACUAAGCUCUCUGCCUUUCUGGCUGUGGGCAGCAUGACAGGACGCCAAAUUCACGAGGCGCUCGUGCGGUAUGAAGACGGGAAAGACGAAGCGUUCUCCGAAGCGGAGGGUUAUGGCACUGGCGAGAAUGAGGGAUCGAAGGGCGUUCGGUUCGAGCUAUUAUGGCGCGAUUACAUGCGACUAUGCACGCGAAAGUUCUCAUACAGGUUAUUCCGCCGAUCAGGCUUCCGUGACGACAACAACUUGCAGUGGAAAUCACCCAAGAAGACUGAUGCCUUGGACUCUCAGUCUGCCCCAGACAAAAUAGACAAAAUAUUACAACGCUUGUGGGCAGGCACAACUGGCAUGGGUCUCAUCGACGCUUCUCAACGCGAGCUAAUUCACACCGGGUACACAUCCAACAGAGCUCGACAGAACGUUGCCAGCUUCCUUUCGAAACAUCUUGGAAUUGAUUGGCGAUAUGGCGCUGAGUGGUAUGAGAUGUUACUUGUUGAUUAUGACGUGUCAUCCAAUUGGUCAAACUGGCAGUAUGUCUCAGGUGUUGGUAACGAUCCUCGUGGUGAGGCUAGGAUUUUUAAUCCAGUGAAACAAGCUUUCGACUACGAUAAGGAAGGGGAAUAUGUCAAGAUGUGGGUUCCAGAACUCCGAAAAGUAGAGAAGUUGGAAAACGUCUUCCAGGCAUGUACCACAUCGAAAGAGGACCGGGAAAGGUUCGGCUUGACAGGCCUCGAAAUGGUUGAGGAUCCCGUGAAGAAGAUUGAGUUUUCUGUCGACGGGAAGCCCAAUAAACAUGCGAAGCGGCCCUUUGACCGCCGCAGAAAGGACGGUCGUAUCCGCAGCAAUGCCAGCAUGUCGAACGGGACUUCGGCCAAUCCAACGGAACAAGAUCAGGCUGCUUCAAAUACCGUGAAUGGAAGCGCAGGUCAUCAACGACAGCACCCGCCGUAUGAGGCUCCUAGACAUCCACGUGGUGACUAUCAAGGUGGAAGAGGCGACUUUCGGGGAGGAAGAGGCCGUGGUAGCGGCGAGUACCGUGGCGGCAGCAACAACACUGGUGGUUAUCGUGGCAGGGGCUAUGGCGGUUCACGAGGCGAAUACAGAGGAGCAUAUAGGGGCAAUCGUGGACAUUACCAAGGAAUUGGUGGGUAUGGGUCUACCGCAACGUCAGCAUGGUCCCCAGCCCAAUAG